AUGUUUAUUUCUCACGGUUUAAAACGUAAGAAAAUUACAAUUACCAUAAAAAGAUUGAACGAAUUGUACAAUAUUUUUUUUUUGUGUUCAAAUAAUCUACUAUCGGAUAAAAAACAGGCGGGGUCAAUUGAAUUAAAACUUGUGUGUUCCGAAAAAUGUCGAGGGCCAACUGAGGUAAAAUGGUUACAAGAAUUUUGCAAUGUUCAUUGUGCUGAUAAAUUGCAUACACCUCAAGACGUAACGCCUCUUUUGUACUCAGAUCAAAAGACAAAACUAGAAGAGAGAUUCGACAAUCUAAAACGUAUAUGUCAAGAAUCAUGCUUAACAGAAGAGAAAGGUCAUUUCAUAUCUCAAUUUUGUGACGACUACUGUAAACCUUAUAUCAACCUUAAACCAGUACCAAAAACCAAACAAGAAGAACAAGACAAUUUGAGAAACAUUUGUGAUAGAACUUGCAAAGGUGAGUUGGGAGAACGAACUAGAGAUUUUUGCAACAGUUAUGGCAAAACGAGCCGUGGAUGAAUAAAAAAUAAUUAUUUUUUACCAACAUAAACAAGCUUGUAAUAUGCAAAAUAAAAUAGAAAUAAAAAUUUCAUUGUGAUGUAAAA